GAGUGUUGAUCUUUGUGCGUUUUGGCGUUACAUCCCGUAUCGAGAGGCCAAGGGAGUUCGGUCCCUUAUAGCCUCACCGCAGCGCCCCCUAAUAAUGGGUCUCCUCACCAUCAUUCGCAAGAACAAGGCGAAAUCCAAAGAGAUGAGGAUUCUCUUCUUAGGUCUGGAUAAUGCUGGCAAGACGACCAUUUUGAAGAAACUCAAUGACGAGGAUAUUUCUGGGAUCAGUCCAACCUUAGGAUUCAAUAUCAAAACGUUUGUAAGGGAUGGAUACACACUCAACAUCUGGGAUGUAGGCGGUCAACGAACGCUUCGACCUUACUGGCGUAAUUACUUUGAAUCGACAGACGCUAUCGUUUGGGUCGUAGACUCCUCCGACAGAUUAAGGAUAUCAGAUUGCAAGGAUGAGCUGAGGGGUCUCUUACAGGAAGAAAGACUCGCAGGUGCGACCCUGUUGGUCUUUGCGAAUAAACAGGAUCUAUCAGGAUCAAUGACGUUACAUGAGAUUCGUCAGGCCCUCGAACUCGACCUGGUCCAAUCUCAUAAAUGGCUCAUUCAUCCUUGUUCAGCUUAUACGGCGGAGGGUCUAGACUCAGGGAUUGACUGGGUCGUCAAGCAGGUCGCGGGAAGACUGUACUGGAGUGGUAUACAGGCGUCGCCUGUGAACCCAGUGCAAGAGGUCAAUAUAUGAGAAACCGAUCCCAAGCGUUCUUCCCCCAAAGGCCGAAAGCAUCGCCGACACUGCACAAAGGUGGUCCAGUUAUCGAUCUCGUACGCCUGUCACCCUUCGCGACUCGUAACGAUCCGGGACUAUCGUGAAUAUCGACGACCUCCCAUGCUUCCCCUGUGCACCGUCCUCGAUGAUUGGGUCCAUUGCGGGUCCAAGGAAAAUGGUCUGGGCGCAGUCAUAAGGAGACAGCGAAUCUCGGCCUGCCAGUCGAUCUACAUACCGAAGAAGUGAGAUGCAUGGGAAUGACGUCUUCACUAGUCGCAGAUGCAGAUAGCAGU